UCCCAGAUCCCACUCCCUCAAUUAUAUUCAAAAUAAUACUACAAACCCACCACCAAGACACCAACUGCCAAACUAAUCCAUUUUUGACUUCCCUCCCUCCCGUUCCUCCGCAGUCCGUUCCCAAGCAGAAACAAAGAAGAAAACAAACAAAGAUAGUAUACUUCCAUGGAAGAGUCCUCAGCUCAACGCCGCCUCAAGACCGUUCAGAGCCACUUGCUCCACGGCGGAGACGAUCGGUCGCUUCGUUUGGAACCUAACUUCACCGCCUCGUUGCAGUUCGUGAACAGUCAUACGUACAGCGUAAGUCUGCCGGAGAAAUUGCAGACUGGGAAGUGGAAUGUUUACAGAUCUGUGCGGUCUCCAUUGAAGCUUAUGAGCAGGUUUCCUGAUCAUCCAGAGAUUGGGACAUUGCACGAUAACUUUCAACAUGCUGUUGAGAAUUAUCGAGAUUACAAGUAUUUGGGGACGCGAAUUCGGCAGGAUGGAAAAAUUGGAGACUACAUGUGGAUGACUUAUGGAGAAGCUGCUACUGCCAGGGAAGCGAUAGGUUCUGGCCUUCGUUAUAAUGGCUUGGAUAAGGGAGCUUGUAUUGGAACUUAUUUCGUAAACAGACCAGAAUGGCUGAUCGUGGAUCAUGCUUGUGCAGCAUAUUCAUACAUCUCGGUUCCCUUAUAUGAUACUCUUGGUCCAGAUGCAGUUAAGUUUGUGGUGAAUCAUGCUGAUGUGCAAGCCAUCUUUUGCAACCCUGCGACCUUGAACACUGUGAGCUACCUUUUGCCUUCUUUUAAGCUUUUCCUGUUGACAUUUGUCUCAGAGAUUCCAUCAGUGAGGCUCAUAGUGGUAGUUGGGGGUGUAGAUGAGAACUUACCAUCACUGCCUUCUUCUGGAGUCAAGCUCAUAUCUUAUCUGAAAUUGAUUGGUGAGGGCCGCAGCAGCCUACAACCUUUUAUUCCUCCUAGACCUGAAGAUGUCGCAACCAUAUGUUACACCAGCGGUACAACUGGGACGCCGAAGGGAGUUGUCUUGACACAUGGAAACUUGAUCGCAAGUGUUGCUGGUUCCAGUUUGUCUAUCAAAUUCACAUCUUCAGAUAUUUACAUAUCUUACCUUCCUUUGGCACACAUCUAUGAACGAACCAACCAAAUAUCAGCCGUGUACUAUGGUGUUGCUGUUGGCUUCUAUCAGGGGGACAGUUUGAAGUUGAUGGAUGAUUUGGCUGCUUUAAGACCUACAAUAUUCUGCAGUGUCCCUCGGUUGUAUAACCGGAUAUAUGAUGGGAUCACAGCUGCUGUGAAGACUUCUGGAGCGUUAAAGGAGAAACUUUUUAAUGCUGCCUUCAACUCAAAGAAGCAAGCAUUAAUGAGUGGUCGGACUCCAUCGCCAAUGUGGGAUAGAUUGGUUUUCAAUAAAAUAAAGGCUAAGCUAGGAGGGCGGGUUCGGCUUAUGGGAUCAGGCGCUUCACCCCUGUCUCCUGAUGUUAUGGACUUCCUGAGGGUGUGCUUUGGAUGUCAAGUGCUUGAGGGAUAUGGAAUGACUGAGACGUCUUGUAUCAUAAGCAUUAUGGAUGAGGGUGACUAUCUAUCUGGUCACGUUGGAUCUCCAAAUCCUGCUUGUGAAGUAAAACUGGUGGAUGUUCCUGAAAUGAAUUACACCUCACAAGACCAGCCUUAUCCUCGCGGCGAAAUAUGUGCUAGGGGUCCAACCAUCUUCCAGGGCUACUACAAAGAUCAAACCCAGACAAGAGAAGUAAUAGACGAGGAUGGAUGGUUACAUACAGGAGAUAUUGGACUAUGGCUAGACGGAGGCCGCCUCAAGAUUAUUGAUAGGAAAAAGAACAUCUUCAAGCUCGCACAGGGCGAAUACAUAGCUCCAGAGAAGAUCGAGAAUGUUUACACCAAAAGCAGAUUCGUUGGCCAGUGUUUCAUCUAUGGUGAUAGCUUCAACUCAUCCUUAGUCGCCAUAGUAUCGGUAGACCCAGAUGUGUUGACAGAAUGGGCAACUUCCCAAGGGAUCAAGGCUGAUGAUUUAGGCCAACUAUGCAAUGAUCCAAGAGCUAGAGCCGCAGUCCUCGCUGACAUGGAUUCAAUAGGAAAGGAAGCACAGUUGAGAGGUUUCGAGUUUGCCAAGGCUAUAACUCUUGUUCCUGAGCCGUUUACCCUGGAGAACGGGCUACUAACUCCAACCUUCAAGAUUAAGAGGCCUCAGGCGAAGGACUGUUUUGCCAAAGCCAUAACUGACAUGUACGACGAGCUUUCUGCUUCCGACCAUCAGACUCCGACCUCGAAGCUGUAGCUAGACAGUCAGAUGAGUCGUUCAUUGGUUGGUUAUCCGAUUAAAUUAGUGAAACAGAAUUUGCUCUAGAAAAUAAUCCACACCCAAAAAUCCAACAAUAAGAAACAUAAUAAUUCGUAACUCGUUACAUAACUUUUGAGAUGAAAUGGGGGGUUUUUGGUUGGCGGGGUGAGGUGUAAUAUUCACAAACUGUUGUAAAUUAAACCCUGAACUGAAUCUGGGAUGCACAAAAUGGUAAGAUACAGCACAUCUCUUGGUUGGGGCAAUAGUUACGGAUACAGCAGAUCUUAACUACUAAGUUGCAGUUUUCCUCCUUCCACAAUGCAUCUUCUUGACCAGUUCGUCCGAACACCAAACGGAU